GGGGGUGAAUAGAAAUCAGAGGCGGUGGCAUCUAGUAACUUUUCUUUUCCCUCUUAUUUGGAAGAGCCACGUUUGGAUUCCGAUUCAUACACUCCAAUCCCUCCGAAUUCAAAGCGCUUCUCUCUCUCUCUCUCGAACGCGCAUCUCACUUCCAUUUUUCUGCAAUAAAUAAUAAAAUAAUAAACACAAAAAAAAAGAGGAAGAAAGAAACACCGCACCAUGUUGAGGGUUGCAGCUAGGAGGCUUUCCUCUCUCUCCUCCUCGCCGUGCCGCGCCAACCACGCCGCUUCGGCAUGCCUCUCUUCAAACGACGUCGUUCGUGGCCGCAGAUCCGCUCCUUGCUCCGAACCAAACACCUUCCUUCUCCCUUUCAGAGGCUUUGCUACUGAAUCACUAAUCCACUCAAAAGAAAACAGCAUUAUUCCUGAGAUUCCAGCAACUGUUACUGCUGUUAAGAACCCUACCUCUAAGAUUGUUUAUGAUGAGCACAACCAUGAACGAUUUCCCCCAGGUGAUCCAAACAAGAGGGCAUUUGCCUACUUUGUCCUUACCGGUGGAAGGUUCAUUUAUGCCUCUCUGGUCCGUCUCCUUGUCCUCAAGUUUGUGCUUAGCAUGUCUGCCAGUAAGGAUGUUCUUGCUCUGGCCUCACUUGAGGUUGAUCUCUCCAGCAUUGAGCCCGGCACUACAGUGACUGUUAAGUGGCGUGGAAAGCCGGUGUUCAUAAGGCGCCGAACUGAGGAUGAUAUCAAGCUGGCAAACAGUGUUGAUGUUGGAUCUCUUCGUGAUCCCCAACAGGAUGCAGAUAGAGUGAAGGACCCAGAAUGGCUCAUUGUGAUUGGAGUUUGCACACAUUUGGGUUGCAUUCCAUUGCCAAAUGCUGGUGACUUUGGUGGAUGGUUUUGCCCAUGCCAUGGCUCACAUUAUGAUAUUUCUGGAAGAAUUAGGAAGGGGCCAGCACCAUACAAUCUAGAGGUUCCUACCUAUACCUUCUUGGAGGAAAACAAGUUGAUGAUUGGUUGAAAUUGAUGGUUCUGCAUAAUAGCGGGAUGAGUUUACAAUUUUUUUUUUAUAAUUUAUUUGGAUAAUGUUACAAUGUGCCUUUUUGGACGUCUUUUACUUCAGGUUCUUGCUGGGUAUGUUUAGCAAGUGGUUUAUGUAACUUGGAAAUUGUAACUGAUACCUUUUGGCGAGACUUAUAUCAAUAAUCGUCUGGUUUUUGCUUAGCAUAAUUGUGAUGACUUGAGGAACAUUGAAUUUUGCAUCAUGUAUAACAUUUUCAAAUUUGCUUGGA